AUGGAUGGUCAAGCAUGGUAUUUGAGAACUUCAAAGCUGGCUCUGGCCUUGGCAAUUAUCCACUCAAAACCAGCAGACAAAAGCAGCAGAGAAUACACAGAGCAUCUCGCAAGGACGGUGUCUGGUCAGGAAUCAAAGUGGAGAGCAAAAGUCAAAGCCUUGGAAGCUGAAGUUCUGCAAUUACGUCAAAAACAACUUCUGAGCAGGAUUUGUUCAGGAUCAUUUGAGAGUGGAGGUCCAUCUUCCCAGUUGCAGGCUCAGGAACCUAGAAGUUCUGAAAACACUUCGACUCUGCUGGAAGAUUCUGGGUGCGUUUUAUCAAAUGAUCAGAGAACUGAACCUUCAGAGAUGACCGAGCAUUCUGGGGAGAGCUGCAUCUCCACCCCCUUCCCACCACUGUCCAUUGUGAACAGACCUUGUGCUCCUCUGGAAAAGCCUCUGUCUUCUCACAUGCAGUUCUUGCAACGUCUGCUUGGACUGAAGACCUUGACCGAGUCAGAGAGUCUGAAAACAGACUUAAGCCACUUUGAAAACGCCUCUUCCACAGUAUCCGAUUCUGUUUUUCAGUUGCUGGAUGGCUUGAUCACUUUUUACCGAGAACCCAAACUUCCUUGUUCAAGCUUCUGGAUCGAAGCUGUGGAUACUUUAGCUAGACUGAUCGGUGAUUGUAACUUAUCUAAUCAUAUUCUUAAAAAGUGUUCCAAGAAGUUGGAAGAAUUCGAGAAGACCCUGCUCCAGGUUAUUUUAAGCAACAACCAUAUCAAUCGGUUUCAGGUGCAGCAUUAUGUCUCUCAGAGUCUGGUAACCCUGGGAAGUUGCAGCUUGUUGAGAAGAUCUAUAAUAUCUCUGCUUCUGUCAGAAGUAAACAGCUUUGCUGAUGAUCUGGGCACCAUCAAUCAGGUGCAAGCCAGUUACGACGUGACACGCUACGAAAAUAUUUUCUCUGUUUUCUGCGUUCUGGAACAACUUCUUCACAAGGAAACCGAAGAAGGCAACGCUUCAAAAAUGGGGCAUGAGGACCAAGAAAUCAAGAAAUUUCUUCAGAAGCAUGAUGAAACUAUUUUGCAACUCUCUGAUGCAUUUCCUUUAUUUACUUUUUAUUUAUGGAGACUGGGCACCCUCUUGAACUCAGUAGAGAUAGGAACUGUUGAAAAUAACUCACUUCCUUAGCAAUUUACCAAAUAUCAGAAGCAUACUAAAGUUGAAAUUAUUGAAGAUCUUGUGCUUAACAGAUUUUCAAGAAUAUUUUUAAAUGAGCAUUUUAAAUGCAUCUCUAAAUAUAAUUAAUUCAAUUUAAUAGUCUUAAAUUGUGUAUAAAAGAUUAUUAGUCAUAUUUCUAUACUAAAAUCAGCCAGUUUCAGUUGAGAAUGCCCUCCUUAUUCUUACGGAACGAUACCUUACAAUAUGUUACUCAAUACAGUCUAGCUCUGUUAUUCUCUAAAAUGGACCAUUAAUUGUCUUUUAUUAA